AUGGAAAGCUCCCACGAGCACGAAGAAAUUUCAUUUGCUUUGCUUUUGCUUUUGCUUGUCCUCGAAAUGACAAACUUCUGGAAGAUCCUUAGAAAGACUGAUACUGAGAAGAGGCUGUCAGUUCCUAUCAGAUUUCUCAGGUCUCUUCCACCUUUCAAACUAGGCAGCCAUGCCGUCACGUUUGAAGCUACAGACGAGAAAGGCAAAGCUUGGCCCUUUCAAUGCUCCAUCCGCAAGAGAGGACAGUACCCGAAGCCAUUCCUCACAAGAGGUUGGGUUGCAUUCGUUAAGAGCAAGAAGCUGCGAGUUGGUGACAAGGUCAGGUUUAUCAAACGUGAGAACCGAGCUACGGCAACAAUCUCUUACAAAGUUCGUGCUGAAAAGGCAAUCAAGAUCUUUGGUGCUACAUUUGGCUACGCACGGAUCUAG